AUGCUCGGCUCGGCCCUCGUUCCGGCCCCGGCGACCGAGGCGCCCUCGCCGCUGUGGCUGGCAGAGGAGGACUUCAACGGAUGCACCGAGGGCAAGGCUUUUGAGCUCGGGCGCAUGGAUCGCAUCGUCUGCGGCGUCGUGACACCCGAGGGCCGCCACACCAGGUACCUGGUGUUGCACCAGCAUCUGCUGCUUCUUGUGCAGCCGGACCUGGUGCAGCCUGGCUGGGCCGUGGCUCGCACCUUGGUGCCACUCCGGUACGUCGACGCCCAGGUGGACAGAACCGACCACCGCAUGCUGCGCCUGACGCUUCGUCUUGCGCAGGGAGCCGCCUGCCCGGGAGAGGCCUCGGCCUUCGAUCCCGGUGCUGCAGACGGGGAGGGCACGUCAAAGACAUCCUGCUUCCUGUUGACUCUCAGCUUCGAGGACAACCAGCGCAGACUCUUUGCCGAGAACCACUUGUGCAAGUACCGGAAGGCAGUGCGAGAACACCUCUCUGCGAACGUGGAGAAGUUUGUGGACGAUCUGUGCGGACAGUGA